AUGUGGCUCCUGGGCACCGCGCGCGCGGACCUCAUCUUCUUUCCCCAACCUGAAGAAGUUCCUAGAGGGUAUGCUAUCUUGUCGCACACCUGGCUCGAAGCGGACAAAGCAGACACGUUUCUAAAGGUUCAAAAGCUGAAUCCAUCCCGCUCGUCGCCACCAUGGUUCAACCCACGCGAUCACCUCACUCCAAAAAUUCGAUCAUUCCUUGAGCUCGCCGAAGAGCACGGGUACGAAUACGCCUGGGUCGACACGUGCUGUAUCAAUAAGGAGAGCAGUGCCGAGCUCUCGGAAGGCAUCAAUUCCAUGUUCCGCUACUACGCCCUCUCUACCAUCUGCUACGUUUACCUCAGCGACGUCCAAUACUCCGAGACUGAUCCAUCGGACGACAUGUGGUUCGCCUUCCAAAGAAGCCGCUGGCACUGGCGGGGCUGGACUCUCCAAGAGCUCAUCGCGUCCCGCGUCCUCAUGUUCUAUUCAAAGGAGUGGAUCUGUCUAGGCACCAAGUACGAGCUCGCCGAUCGCCUGGAAGAAGCAACCGGAAUCUCCGCGGCAGUCCUCCGCUUCGAGAGCCCGUUCACCGACGCCAGUAUCGCGACACGCAUAUCCUGGGCGGCGCAUCGGAAAACCACGAGGCCCGAAGACGCUGCCUACAGCCUCUUUGGGCUUUUCGGGGUCAAUAUGCCGACGCUCUACGGCGAAGGACGGCACGCAUUCUGCCGGUUCCUCAUGGAAAUCUUGAAAGCCUCGCGGGAUCCUUCCAUCAUUCUCUUGGGAAAACGACAAUACGUGGCUGGGUUAGAAGACCUCAAAUCACGCCUCCGUAGAGAGCCCCAAAGCCGGACACGUCGUCAUCUUCUCCCCCUCAAUCCUUCACCGACUUUUCGCACAGCAUCCAGGCCCAACCCUCAGAUGCUCUACGACCCGUGUGCGCGCUCACGGAGGGGACGAAAUGAGGUACGCUGGUAUGGAUGCUAUUCUAGUACGCUGUACGAUAUUGACGACUACUUUAGCACGGCUCGAUUGCGAGCGCGACCGCAGAACUCUGCGCUCCCACGUUCUCCAUGUCGGCAGAUGGGAUCGAGCUCCACGCGGCCGUUCUAG